CUCCCUGUCACGCCCAUUCUGUUCCAAGCCACACUCCGAGUCGUCCAAGCUUGCUGCCUGCCUGUCUGCCUGCUUGCCUGCGUCGAGGUUCGGAGCCCCCCACCAACCAGCUUGACACAAGCCUACCCUCUUGCGACGUCGCUCUCCCUUCUCCAUCUCACCUCUUCCCAAGGACAGUCAUGGUGCUGCUUGAAUGAGAGGCGCAAAGGACCUCUGCUAGCCUCGAAGCCUGCUCUCUUCCUAGACAUAGAUAUUCAUUUCAUUCUCAUACCGCCGCCUGUCCUCAGUCUCUCCUCUUGCGCAGCACUUCACGUCUACGACCACCACUCAACCGGCACUCACUUCCGCCUCCGCUCUCCGUCUUCCUGAGCCUGGUCGUAUCUCAUCUUCAUACGUUGCACCUACGCUCGGGGUAAUCAAAGUCAGCGCUCCUUCAACCCCUUUUUCAAUGUCGUCUACCUCAAGGAACGCCCCGCCGUUGCCCGCAUCGGACAGGGCCGUCCAGGUCCUGGACGGGGCAGCGCUGCUGGCGCGCCUGGAGCUAGCACAGAAGCAAGUUGCGCAAGGCGCUAAGGCUGCACAGCAUGGCGCACACCAAAGUCUAGAAGGCAGGGCUCUGACAGAAGAGGGAGGAGAGGCCGUGAAUGCUCCGUACCCAAAAGAGGCAGGCAAUCGCAGGAGCAACGCAGCCUCCUCCGCCUUGGCCGCCCCUCCACCAGGGACCUCAGACGAGGCCGAGACUUUGUCUGCCAAUCACCGCGAGGAGCAACGCAGGCAAGACGACAAUCGACCUCGAGGAUCGCAUCCCGUCACCACGGCAACCCAUCAGAUGCCGCUACUGGCAUCGGGAUCGCGGUCCUCCCACGACCAGGUGGAUCCAGACAUCAUCGGGAGAGUCUCUGCUUCUGCCCACACUCCUCUAGCCACCUCAAGCGAUCACCUCGUUGCCCCGCCUCCUCUCCUUAUCCUCGACCUCCGUCCACUUCACUCCUUUCUGCAGACUAGGCUCAUCGGUUCCAUCAAUCUUGCCCUUCCCAGCCUUAUAGUCAAGAGGAUCAAGCGGACCUCUGCUGCCUCUGCCGCUCCCGCUCCCACGGGCGGCGUCAAGCAGAAGAGUACCGCCAUGAUGGCUGGGCGUGGAGCUGCUGGCCACGCUUCAGCAGCAGCAGCAGUGGCGAGCUCCUCCCCUCUGCUACAGCUCUCCACCUACAUCACCACCACAGCAGGCAAGCGCAAGUUCCAACAGAUCCUCGAUCGUAUGUCCGAAGACGGUGAGGCGGCUGCAUCCUCGCCAGUAUCUCCCAAGGCGAGAAGAACUACGACCUCCGAUCGCAGCGAUGCCGCCGACCCAAUGGUCAUCGAGACGCUGGCAAAGUCAGAGGUCAUUGUCGUCUGUGAAGAUGGCGAUAGGGCAGCUACUGCUACCGCUGCUGCUUUGGAAGCCUCCAACGCUCUCUGUACUGCCAUCGCUGGUAUCAAGGCUUCUUGGGCAGGUUCUAGUGGAGGAGUCGGACUGUACACUGAGGACCUCUCUGGAUUGGCUUCCAGCUCCGCGGCAGAGAGCUGGCUAGAGCGUGGUGAAGAGGAGGGCUUUGGGGCGAGCACAAGUUCGACCAAUGGACUCUCGCAGACAGCAGAGAAUGCAAAAGCAAGCACCUCCUCCCUUCCAGACUUCAAGAAUUUCUCCUUGGGUUCAUUCGCAUCCUCGUCUCCGAUGAGUUCUAGUGGUCCCAGCUCCCCAUCGUCAAGUGGGCCAAAGGAUGGCUAUGUGCGACCUCCGACUCUGCUGCCAGGCAAGAAGCAAGGGCGACCUUCCCUGGCGCGGCUAGACACGGGCGAAGGCCGAAAGAGUCUCAGUCUCAAUGCUGCCGGUACACCUUCCUCUCAAGUCUUCCCUCCCGGAGUCAGAGGCGCCACUAGUCGUUCUGCGUCGGGAGAUCACCCUCGAGGUGCCCCUUACUCUCGUUCCCCUCCUCAAGCAGAGAUGUCCUUCCAGAAUCUCGCCCGUUUGCAGUCUCAAUCUGGUCCCUCGGCAGCCAGCUUUGCAGACAUGUCUCUCCCCUUCAAUCCUGCCAGUCUGGCCCUCGGCGGAUCUGGCGGUGGAGGACUGACAAGGGCGCAGACGGAUCGAGCUCUAGCCAGGCGUGGGAGCGUCUUUACUGAAGAGCCCGUCUCUCAGCAGCCAUCACACGCCACAAAGGUCCUAUCUCCUUCGCCCCUUCAUCCAGGCAUGGUCGAUGACAGCAAGCCCGCCUUUGACGUUUCGGAGAUUGUGCCCGGAUUCCUGUACCUCGGUCCAGACAUUGCAACUGAAGAGGAGGUGGAGGAGCUCAAAGUCCGAGGUGUCAAGGCAAUUCUGAAUUGUGCGGUAGAGGUGAGCGAUAAGAGUGGCAAGAAGGGCGGAGCAGCAAAGGAGCAAGACAGGGCCGCUUCUUCCGUUGGUGAGACGAGUGCGGUGCUCCUCAGCACUCACGAGAACGGCACAGCCACUGUCGGCGCUGGCGCUGGUGCCGCUGCUGCUCUCGGCGAUGAGGAAGGCAACACCGAGACCCUCUCCCUGGGCGAAGACUUUAGCUACCUCAAGCUCCCCCUCUACGACAAUGUCGAAGCCCUGGAUGUCCUCUCGCACCUUCGCACAGGCUUCAACUUUAUCUCUUCGGCCCACUCGCAGCAUAAACCCGUCUAUGUACACUGUCGAGCUGGAAAAUCUCGCAGCGUUACAGUGGUCAUUGCAUACUUGAUGAGGUCUAAAGGAUGGAGUUUGAGUGAAGCGUACGAUUUUGUAAAGGCGAGGAGGACAGAUGUGAGCCCUAAUAUUGGAUUUGUGAGCUUGUUGAUGGAAUGGCAGGAUCAGGUUGCGGCCGAGGCGGCUACUGGUGCGGCGGGUCAGGGUGAUGGUAGCGGUAGCGGUCCGGAAGCUGGAGUGGAUAAGCUGGAGUUGAAGCAGGAGACGGGUGCAGGACAUGCCCUCCCUUUGUAGUGUAGGAGCGCAUGGGCGGGAGGCAGAGGCAGAGGCAGAGGUCCGGUUCAAGUACCCUUCCAUUUCCCUCAUGCAUGCACGCGAGCAAUAUCAUACCAUGCCAAAAGUCAAUCCAAAGUGGAG